UUGCCAAUGGAAAUGUGCAGCAAUUUUGAUGCAUAUGAAUUGCGACGUUUGGCUCGGCGCUUUAAAAAACUUGAUCUUGAUGGUUCAGGUAGUCUGAGUGUUGACGAAUUUAUGUCACUUCCCGAAUUACAGCAAAAUCCUCUCGUUCAAAGAGUUAUCGAUAUUUUUGAUGAAGACGGUAAUGGUGAGGUGGAUUUCCGAGAGUUUAUUCAAGGAAUUUCUCAGUUCAGUGUGAAAGGUGAUAAAACUAUCAAAUUAAGAUUUGCAUUUCGAAUUUACGAUAUGGAUCGUGACGGUUUCAUAUCAAAUGGAGAAUUAUUUCAGGUAUUAAAAAUGAUGGUUGGUAAUAAUUUAAAAGACAAUCAGUUACAACAAAUUGUAGAUAAAACAAUUUUAUUUCAUGAUAAAGACGGUGAUGGUAAAAUAUCGUUCGAUGAAUUUUGUGAUGUUUGUUUAUUUUUCAUUCAUAAAAAGAUGGUAUUGGAGAAUAUAUAG